AUGUCGAAGCCCUUUGACCCCGAACAGGCUGAGAACCUGGAGGAUAUGGAGAAGCAGUUCGCAGUCAAAGCUGUCGAGCACCUCAUGACAUACUGGGCCAUCCUCGAGAAGGUCAAGGGCUCCCAGCUGCGCCUGACCAAGAUGGACGACGAGAUCUACGAGUCCUUCAUGAAGGAGUUCCCCGACUUCGACCCCGCCGCCACCCUCAACGAGGACGCCAUGAAGAGCAAGGCCGGCAAGGAGAAGUGGCGCAAAUGGGUCAACCAAUUCGAGAAGAAGAUCGAGGACUACAACUUUGGCACAAUCAUUCGCAACCGUGCUGAUCAGGAGUAUGAGCAACACAACACCAUUUUCGGUGUGCGCAUGCAGUUCUACGCCAUCGAGCUCGCACGCAACCGCGCCGGCCUGAACGACUGGAUCUACGAGAAGUCCCAGAAGGCCUAA